GAUUCCUUAUAGCCGGAAGUUGCAGGCCUUAAUUCUCUUUCCCAUCUUGCAAGGUAAGAAUGGCGGCGUUUUUCUGCAAGACAUGUUUUCAGCACCUCAAUCCUUCGCCAUCCGAACCAGGAGGGCAUCAAGUUGACAGAUAGAAGUAUCAGUCAUGCUCGUGGCCAACUAAAAGGCCUCCCAGACGUUUCAUUUCUUUCGCUUGGGUUUGCGGCGGGGCACGAAGCGGAUGGCGGGUGAAAAGGCUGAGAAGCCUCCUACCAAGAAGAAGAAGCCUAUAGUCAAAAAAGCAAAUGCCAGUGGCAAAGCUAAGAAGACUAAUCUCAAGGGCAAAAAACCCAAGCAGGGGAAGCCGCACUGCAGCCGAAAUCCUGUCCUAGUCCGAGGAAUUGGCAGGUAUUCCCGAUCGGCCAUGUAUUCUAGAAAGGCCAUGUACAAGAGGAAGUAUUCAGCUGCUAAAUCCAGGGUUGAAAAGAAGAAGAAGGAGAAGGUUCUUGCUACUGUCACAAAACCAGUUGGUGGUGACAAGAAUGGUGGUACCCGAGUGGUUAAACUGCGCAAAAUGCCUAGGUAUUACCCAACUGAAGAUGUGCCUAGGAAACUGUUGAGCCACGGCAAAAAACCCUUCAGUCAGCAUGUCAGAAGACUGCGGUCCAGCAUCACUCCUGGGACCAUUCUGAUCAUCCUCACUGGGCGCCAUCGAGGCAAGAGGGUGGUUUUCCUGAAGCAGCUGGCCAGUGGUUUGCUCCUUGUGACUGGACCUCUGUCCCUCAAUCGAGUUCCUCUGCGUAGAACACACCAGAAAUUUGUCAUUGCCACCUCCACCAAAAUUGAUAUCAGUGGUGUGAAGAUCCCCAAACAUCUCACGGAUGCUUACUUCAAGAAGAAGAAGCUGCGGAAGCCCAGGCACCAAGAAGGCGAGAUCUUCGACACUGAGAAAGAGAAAUACGAGGUUACAGAGCAGCGCAAAGUGGAUCAGAAAGCUGUGGACUCACAAAUUAUGCCAAAAAUCAAAGCCAUUCCCCAGCUCCAAGGUUACCUGCGUGCUGUGUUUGCUCUCACAAAUGGAAUUUAUCCUCACAAAUUAGUAUUCUAGAUUUCUUACAAAGAAAGAACCUCAUUAAAUAAUUGA